AUGCCCCCUGAAGACCUGGAGGACGGGUACUUCGAGAGGCCUACCCCCCUGCUCCUGGUUGCGGGAGAAGGCCAGCCGGCCGCCUGGUGGAAGGACACCACCUCCUUCUUCGCGUCGAGAGGGUGCACGGUAGGGACCAUGGCUCUCACCGGAAGAGGGAGCUCUCCGACAGACACGCUCACCCUCAGAGCCCUCCAAGCCGGCGUCGCCGCAGCGGUAGACCAGAGCGGCCUCACACCCCCGGUCAUCAUGGCCCACUCCAUGGCGGGUUUCGUGUGCCAGCAGUACCUGCAGUCGUACUCCGCCUCCGGGUUGGUGCUGCUGGAGUCCUUCCCCCCCUCCCCAGGAGCUCUGGCCAACGAGCACUUGCUGCGGGCGCGUGCUGGAGACCCGGGCGAACCCAACGAUCACGUCGCUGGACCAUCUGCUAGCCUUGGUGCCCAGGAGCUUGCGCAGCUGAUGAAGGACGACCCCGCGCACUGGGAAGGUCUCCUGAGGUGUGCGAAUACUGAUGGACGACUAUUGGGCAAUUCCGCAAUACAAACAGAAUCCUGCGGGUGUUUUUGGACCGACUCAGUUUGUACCUGUACCGCCAACAUGCAGGACUAA